AUGGGUUGUUGGUUUUCAAAGGAAAAUACUUCACAACCACUCGCCGAAUUGAAUGAUAUACGUUUACAAAUAACAAACAAACCCAAAGAUGGUCCUAUUUCCUCAGAAAAUCAGAUUAUUAAAUCACACAUAAAUGGUAAUGAUAAUAAUCGACAAAAAAAUAUCUCUACAACUGAUAAAGUCUACGUCGCUAUCUACGACUAUGACGCACGUACAGAUGAAGAUCUAACAUUUCGAGUUGGUGAUUUACUCAUUAUUCUUGAUGACAGUCAAAAUGAUUGGUGGCUUGCGAAACAUUAUUCGAGUGGAUUGAAAGGAUACAUUCCAGCUCUUUAUGUUGCUCCACACGGUGGACUGGAUGUCAAUGAAUGGUUUCAUAAGAAUGUUCUUCGCAAAGAAGCAGAACGUCUUCUAUUAAUUCCACAGAAUCCGCGCGGAACUUUUCUCGUUCGACAAUCAGAAAAUGCUCCUGGCCCAUAUUCAUUAUCUGUUCGUGAUAUCGAUGAACAACGCGGUCCACAUGUCAAACAUUACAAAAUUCGUUAUCCGGAUCCUAAAAUUGGCUUUUAUAUUGCCACGCGUCGAGCAUUCAAAUCACUGGAAGAAUUAAUUGAACAUUAUACAAAAAACUCGGAUGGACUCUGCUGUCAACUGACGCUUCCCUGUCCUCGACCAAAACCGACAACAUCAACAAUCUCGAAAGAUGUUUGGGAAGUGCCACGAAAUUCGCUUCAAUUUGUCAAAAAGCUUGGUCAAGGAAUGUUUGGCGAAGUUUGGGCUGGCAAAUGGAAUAAUAAAAUCGAUGUCGCAAUCAAAACAAUGAAGGCUGGAACAAUGUCGACCGAAGCGUUUGUUGACGAAGCGAACAUUAUGAAAAAGUUACGCCAUGAUAAACUAGUUCAAUUGUAUGCGGUUUGUACGGAACCAGAAGAUCAACCAAUCUAUAUCGUCACCGAAUUGAUGUGUAAUGGAAGUUUAUUGGAUUUUCUUCGUGAUGGACCUGGACGAGACUUGAAAUUACCUGCACUUGUUGAUAUGGCUGCACAGAUCGCAUUUGGUAUGGCUUAUCUCGAACAUGAACACUAUAUUCAUCGAGAUUUGGCUGCUCGAAAUGUUCUUGUGGGUGAAAAUGGUGUCGUUAAGAUCGCUGAUUUUGGUUUGGCUCGUAUUAUUAACGAAGAUCAAUAUGUUGCCAAAGCGGGAGCCAAAUUUCCAAUCAAAUGGACUGCUCCUGAAGCCGCUAUCUAUGGUAAAUUCACAAUCAAAUCUGAUGUUUGGUCAUAUGGUGUGUUGCUCUAUGAGCUUGUGACACAUGGUCAAGUACCAUAUCCUGGUAUGGCUAAUCGUGAAGUUCUGGAUCAAAUCCAACGCGGUUAUCGAAUGCCUCGUCAUGAGAAUUGCCCGGAAAAGAUCUAUGAUUAUAUGUUACGUUGUUGGGAUUCGUCGCCUGAUAAUCGUCCAACUUUUGAACAUUUACAUUUAUUCUUCGACGAUUAUACAGCUUCAGCUGGCCCUCAAUAUCAUAGUCAGAAUUAA